CCACCUUUCUAACUAUAGAGUUUUGUCACUAUUUAUAAACAACCUCCAAAAUAGUACCUAUUCAUCAUCAAUUUAUGCCCCAAAAAAUUAUCUAUUUUUCACAUUCAAUUAAGGAGAAAAAAAAAAGUACAUAGAAAGGAAAACCAUGUAUUCGUCCUACCAGUUGCCUAUUCAAAGCACCCCGCAGCCGCCGCCACCUCCGGUAAGGCGGCACCGCUCUGCCCGUUACUAUGCCCACCAACUCCGGGAGAGCUUUGCCACUAGGGUUUCGAAACUCGCAUGCUCCAUUUUCUUGUUCUUGCUAUUUUUGAUUGGCAUGAUCACCUUCAUCUUGUGGUUGAGUCUGCGCCCGCAUCGGCCGAGGUUCCACAUCCGCGACUUCUCAAUCCCGGCAAUCACUCAAGCAAACGGAUUCCAAAAUGCGCAGAUAAAUUUCAACGUUACGGCUCGAAAUCCAAAUGCAAACAUCGGAGUCUACUAUGAUUCUACGCAUGUUUCGGUAUGGUACGAUGAUCAAAGUGUCGGGGCGACUCCUGUACUGUUUCCGUUCUACCAAGGGCCUAAAAACACAACCAUUAUUGAUGGCAGUCUGAGUGGAGCUACACUGACGGUUGACAAUCAGAGAUGGCAGGAAUUCGUCAGUGAUCGGUCGCAAGGGAGGGUGGUGUUCAAGCUGGAAGUAACGUCGGUGAUUCGGUUCAAAAUCAGCUCGUGGAAUAGUAAGCGGCACACAAUGCAUGCAAAUUGUGACGCUGAAGUUGGUUCAGAUGGAUCCAUCUUGGAAACUUCUAAAAAUAAGAGAUGCCCGGUUUAUUUUAGCUGAUUUACUUGCCUGGUUUCAACAGAGAUGUCGUCAACCCAGUCACCCAAAGAACUAAUUAUUAUUAUUAUUAUUAUUUUGUUAAUCCCUAUUUAUUUCCCCCUUCUUCAUUCGUUCCAUUCUAUUCCAUUUGUUUUGGAUUCAAUGUAUAUUCAAUUUCUUGUCCAAAAUAUUCAUGAAUGAUGAAUUCUUAUGCGAACUGAACUACUGAAGGCAUUUUCUGGCAACUCUGUUUGAUGAC